AUUUUUGUGACCAUUCCUACGACUUCCGCCACCGCUGAACGAUCAUUCUCUGGGCUGAGAAGAUUAAAAACAUAUCUAAGAUCGACAAUGGGACAAAAACGACUCAAUUCUGUAUCUCUUCUUCAUUUUCACAAAGAUGUGGCAAACGAAAUGGACUUGGAUUCAAUUAUUAACGAAUUUAUUCAAAGAAAUGAUCAGAGAAAAAGU